AUGAGCUGUGAAUUUUGUGACACUGCGAUAAGCCGAACAAAACCCGAUAUUUCAUAUGCUGGUUUUUGUGGACAAAAAGUAUUUCCUACCAGUUGUGUUGAAGUUCCUUCGGAAGUUGUCAAACAUACUAAACCUUAUGGUCUUCUAUGGUAUUGUCAGGAAUGUUAUCCUGCUGUUACUGAUUUUUCGCACACUAUAGAUAAAAGAGUGGCUCAAGCGACAUGUCAAUCGGUUGUAGUUAUUAAACCUAAGGAUACUAUACAAAAUAAUAUUCAAACUAAGGCUGAUAUUAUGAGCAAUAUUAAUCCCACUGAAUUAAACAUAAAAGUUUCAGAAGUUAAGAAUACUAGAGAUGGCGAAACACUUGUUGGGUGUAGUAAUAAUGAAGACGCAUCUAAAUUUAAAGAUGCAGUUAACGCAAAAUUAGCAGAUGCUCACGAUAGAAAAAAAUUAAAAGUAGAAAUCAGAAAAUUGGAUUAG